AUGGACGGAGACGCGGCCCACUCCCAGGAGGCCGAUCGCGAGAUGACUCGCCUCUGGCGCACCUUUAGAACCGUCUACGAACUGCUCGCGGACCGAGGCUACGAAGUUUCCGACAACGAGCUGGCACUCCCUCUAUCAGAAUUCCGCGAAAAAUAUUCCGACUCUAUGGGCUUCGCUGACCGCUCUAAAAUGAAAAUCCAAGCGCGUCCCACCGAACUCAUGAAGAUGAAAUACACACCACUUCCCAGCAAAGCAAACCCCAACCCCCAGCCAGACUGCGGCACCAUCUACGUCGACUUCUGCCCCGACAACUCAGCCGUCGGAACCAAGCAAGUCCGCGCCUUCAACCACCUCGUUGAUGAGAACAACUUCCACACCGGAAUCUUCAUUACGCAGACUCCUAUCUCUCCUUCCGCCGUCCGCCUGCUUAGCGGUGUCCCCGGCCGCAUCUGUGAGCACUUCCAGGAACAGGAUCUGCUCGUCAACAUUACCCGCCACGAGCUUGUCCCCAAGCACGUCCUCCUCAGUCCCGAGGAGAAGGCCCGUCUGCUUGAGCGCUAUCGUCUGAAGGAGUCCCAGCUCCCCCGUAUACAGGUCUCCGAUCCCGUUGCUCGGUACCUUGGUUUGCGCCGUGGUCAGGUCGUGAAGAUUAUUCGCAAGUCCGAGACUGCAGGUCGCUACGCCAGUUACCGCUGGGUCAUUUGA